AUGAAGUUCUCCCUUCAAUUGGCGGCCACGGCCACGCUGCUGGCUUCUGCGCACGCGUCCAACUUGACCACAGAAGCUGUUGCUCGCCCUCCUCCUCCUCCUCCGUGCCGUUACCUCCCCAGCGAUCCUCAGUGGCCCAAUGCUGCCGCAUGGAAGUCACUGAACUCGUCAGUCGGAGGUCGACUUGUUGCGACCGUCCCCAUUGGAACGCCAUGCCAUGAUCCCAAGUAUAACAAGGCCGUUUGCUCGCAACUGCAGGCCAAUUGGGAGCUGCCGCAAACCCACUACACGACAUCCUCCUCGGUGAUGCAGCCCUUCUUCGCCAACCAGAGCUGCGAUCCCUUCACCCCUGAGUCUAAGCCGUGCGUUCUGGGCAAUUACAUCAGCUAUGCCGUCAACGUCUCGUGCGACGCCGAUGUCCAGGCCGCCCUGGCAUUCGCAACCAAGUACAACAUCCGCGUGGUUGUGCGCAACACUGGCCAUGACUUUUUUGGUCGCUCUACCGGCGCUGGCGCCCUGGGCAUCUGGACUCAUAACCUGAAGAGCAUCAGUAUCUCGACUUAUAAAAGCGCCGGCUACACUGGCCCGUCGAUGAAGGUGGGUGCAGGCGUCCAAGGCUUUGAAAUGCUGGAGGCUUCUCACAGCAAGGGCUUUGUCGCCGUGUCUGGCGAGUGCCCAACCGUCGGCGUCGCUGGAGGUUACACCCAAGGUGGUGGCCACUCUGCUUUGAGCACCUCCUUCGGUCUCGGUGCUGAUCAGACUCUGGAGUUCGAGGUUGUCACUGCGGCUGGCCAGAUCCUGACUGCCUCUCCCUCCAAGAACAGCGACCUGUACUGGGCUCUGAGCGGAGGCGGCUCUGGAUACGGAGUCGUUACGUCCAUGACCGUCAAGCUUCAUCCUGAUGCUACCAUUGGUGGUGCGAAGAUCACCAUCGCUGCCGCCACCACCACUCAGGACAACUUCAACAAGUUUGUUGCCGGGUUCCAUGCCAUGCUACCCGCCAUGAUUGACAAGGGCGCCAUGGUCAUUUACCUUCUCACCAACACCGUCUUCGUGCUCGAGCCCGUCACCGUCUACAACUCCACGUCCGAUUACGUCCAGAACGUUGUCCUUGCGGACUUCAACGCCCUGAUGAGCGAGCUUGGAAUUACCCCCAUCUCCACCCAAUACACCACGCUCUCAUACUAUGACCACUACAACACCUACAUGGGCCCGCUGCCCAACGGAAACCUCGAUGUUGGCGACUUCAACUACGGCAGCCGACUGAUCCCCCGCAGCGUCCUCGAGAAGAACAACAAUGCUCUCCAGGCUGUCCUGCAGAACCUGACUGCUCACGGUGUCGUCAUGGUAGGCAGCUCCGCAAACUACGGCAAGCCGGCCGGCGCGGCCAGCAACGCAGUGUUCCCCGUCUGGCGAACCACCACGGUGCAUCUGCAGAUCGGUACCGUCUGGAACAACACCGCACCAUGGUCGCAGAUGCUCGCCGACCAGAAGACCAUUACCAACGAGUAUGUGCCGCAGCUUACUGCUGUGACCCCUGGUAGCGGUGCGUACAUGAACGAGGGCGACUUCCAGCAGCCCAACUUCCAGCAGACCUUCUUUGGCUCCAAUUACAACACUCUUCUUUCUAUCAAGAAGAAGUAUGAUCCUAACUCUCUCUUUUAUGGCCUUCGCCUUGUGGGCAGCGAGGCCUGGACUGUUGAUAACAACGGAAGAAUGUGCCGUGCUAAAUAG